UGAUGCUAAUUUGGCACCAAUUCGUUAAACCUCAAGCUUCAUUUUAUUAGCUUGGUAUGCCAUAAUGUAAUGAAAUUUCAUGCCGGCUGAUUUCGAAUGUUUUUAAAAAAUACCAAUCAAGCGAAAUUUAAUUAAAUAUUAGCAAUAAACUGCAAUCAUCGCCGCUACCAUCAACGAUGGAUUCUCUACACCAACGAUUAAACUUGGUCAUCACCUACGUGGACAAAGAAGGUCCCUUUCUAAAAGUGUGGGGGCAGGGGCAAGCUGAAAAAAACAAUUUGAUGUAUGUGGAGCAAUUUCUGGGACGAGCGGGGCCGCAACUCGACCAGGGCGCUAGUAAAAUACCUGUCGAGGCUCUCCAUGUUGAUUCUGUAGUUUGUGCCAAAUUUAAAGACAACAGAUACUACAGAGCAAGGGUAUUAAGCAUUGAUUACCUAAACACUGAAUACCAAACUGAAUGUUAUGUUGAAGUCUCAUUUAUAGACUAUGGAAACAAAGAUAUUGUCCGUCUAGAUAACAUAAGGAGCCUACAGAGUUUUCCUUCAUCAUUUUUAUCUGUACCUCCUUUAGCUACAGGUUUUAUACUUGCAGAAGCUCAUUGCCCUGGUGGUGGGGAAUGGAAAGAUCAAGUUUUUGAUGUAAUAUCAAAAGAGCUCCGUUUUAGAGAAGUACAGUGCCAAGUACUAACACAAGCCACACAAUAUUAUCUAGUUAAGCUGUUUAUCAUUGAUGGCAGUGACAUUGGUGCCUUAUUUAUUAAUAGGGGUUUAAUGCAACCAAUAACAUUGGUUGUCCAAGAAGCGGUUCUAUUAAGUAUGAGCAUUCAAAAGAAAGAUAAUAAAGUGGCUGUGGCAGCUUCUGUGCCUGCUCAGCCACCACCACAUCUUGCAAUUAAUACCUACAAGGCUUGUGUGUUAGAACCGAAUCAAGAAUAUGGAGUCUAUGUGUCGUUUGUCAAUGAAGGUCCAACACAUUUCUCGGUGCAACUUCAAAAAUCCGAAUACAUUCUGGCCAGAUUAAUGAAAGAAAUUAACGAAAUCAACUUGAGAUUAUUGGACGAAGUGCCGCUUCCAGGCACCCUUUGUUUGGCUCGGUGUCAGGAAGACGGCAACAUUUGCAGGGCCGUGGUUACUAACGCGGUCGACAAUCAAUUUAAGGUUUUCUAUGUAGAUUUCGGUAACUACGAAACGUUACCGUUCGAGUGUCUGUAUCAAAUACCGUUUUCCUUUGUCCUGCCGAAAGUUAUGGCGGUCAGGGUGGCACUGAACGGCGUCGAAAGGUCCACAGUUACUAUUGAAAUGAUGUUGGCUUUCAAGAAGUUUGUCGAUAAUAGACUGCUGUGCAUGAAAGUGUUACCUUCAGUGAAAAAAUCCAUUAUAAAUAAGUGUGAACUUUGGGAUCCUGAAACUAAGAUUACCGCCUUGGAUGUAAUUAACAGGGCAGCUCAACACGCUUACCCGGAAGCGUUACCUCUAACCCGCGGCUUUACCCAACCAAUCAAAGUCAGCUACGCAUUCAGCUGUAACCGGUUUUACGCGCAGCUCGCCAGCAAAGAACAAGAACUGGCGAAACUUAUGGAAGACUUACAAAUAUCUUGCCAAACCAGCGAUCCUAUUUCAGAAGUGAAAAUCGGUCUUCCAUGUUGCGCUCCUUUCGAAAUGGAUCAGUUAUGGUACCGAAGCGAAAUCGUCGCUGUCGUGGACGCAGAAACGGUCAAAGUCAGGUACAUUGACUAUGGUAACGAGGAAGCCGUUCCAAUAGCAAAUCUGAGAAUGGUGGAGGGAGAAUUGUUAACUGUUUUGCGGCCCCAGGCAAUUGAAUGCUGCCUAACCGGUUAUCAGAAUAUGGAACCAGAUGAAACCAGAGAUGCCUGUUUAGAGGAACUCAUUCUGGAACAGACGUUUACUAUGAAAGUAACUGAAAUGAUUGGAAAAAAGGCUCUAGUGGAAUUGUACGAUAUGAACAACUACAACGUGGCAUCGUUGCUUUUGGACAAAUUAGCCACUGCCAAAAGUCAAGUUACUCCGACGAUGUUGGUGCAGGCGGGAAAUACUUUGGAACACAGAAAAUCCGCAGAUUUGUCUGGCGAUGCGAGAUCGACGUCUCAAAGGAAACCAGCCAGGCAAAACGAAGUAAAUUCCAACCAGGCAACGUCACCUGAUGGCUCAUGGAGACAACAAAAUAAAGGAUUUGACCGUAACGAUAGAAAUGACCGAUACAACAAAGACAGAGGUCAGCAGGGAGGCAUUAAAGACAGACUAGAUAGAAUAAAGGGGGAUUAUAAAAGCGGAGAUAAUCGGAACAACAACUGGAAUAGGACUGAAAAUGGAUUCCAAAAUUCUCCUUCAAUAAGCAGUCCAGUUAACGAAGGCGCACCCUCGCCUGCAGAUCCCGGUUGGGGCGACGAUUCUCCCUCUCCAGUUCAUCAUAACAGUUUCGACAAUAGAAAACCCAGAGAUAAUAAGUUCGGAGAUCGAAGGGAUAAUCGGGAAGAGGGUUAUAAGAAGAGGUUCGAUGAUCGUGGUAAUAGAGAGGACAGAGGUGACCGCAAUAACGACCGCGGAGGACGUUUUAAUCAUAACAGGGAAGAUAAAGACAGUUGGGGCGAUAAGAGCGACAGAAGAGGAGGUCGAGACACCAACCGUGACGAUAAUAGAGGAGACCGUUUCGGAAGCAGGCACAAUCGGGAGGAUAAGCAGAGCUGGGGCGACAAUAAUAAGUUCGAUAGAAAGGAACGCUGGAACAAUCGUGAUGAAAAUAAAGGAGAUAAUUUCGGAAAUAGGAACAAUCGUGACGAGAAUAAGGGAGAUUUCGGUAGCAGGAACGACCGCGGCGGAUGGAAAAACAAGGAUGGGGGAAGCGAUGGCUAUCGGAAAGAUUUUAGAAAGUCAAAUUACUCUAAAUAUAAAAGAGACGAUAACGACGUAAAUUCGAGCGGAUCGGAGCGCAGUUUUCGAAAAGGGCCCAGAACCAGCUCGCGUAACGAGUUCGGUGCAGCAAAAAGGACAGGCAACUCGUUUGGUACAACACCGACCGAUUCGUGGAGUGUGAGUGACGUCAGCACGCCGAUAGAUACCGUACCCAAUACCGCCACUUUUGAACAGUUAGACGUGGUUAAUACGGAGGCACUGGUCGUGAUCAGUUGGUUCCAUAAUCCCGGACAUUUCUAUUGUCAGUUACACAAUUCACAAGCCGAAUUUAAAACGCUUAUGGAAGAUAUCCAGCAGUUUUAUAGGAAUAGGAAGCCAGAGAAUGGUGUAGUGGGAGCUCCGGUUGUUGGACUGUUCCCCGAAGAUAAUGUUUUGUAUAGAGCCCAAGUCUUGGAGACCCUGGGAGGUGGAAAGUAUAAAGUUUUCUAUGUAGACUUCGGGAAUGUGUCUACAGUUCAAAAAAUUUGGCCUAUGGAGAAAAAAUUCAUGCAAAUGCCGGCGCAAGCGAUUUGCUGCAGCCUGACCGGAAUACGGCCUGUCGAAGGAGAUACUUGGCCCGAACCUUCAAAUUUCACUUCUUAUUUCGGCAAGGAGUCGUUUAUGGCCCGGUUUUUAAGCAAAGACGAUAACAAGGUGUUUAUGGAACUAUGGGACAAUCAAGAACAAGUAGCACAGCAGCUAGUACAAGCGAACCUGGCAGCGGAGGUUGCUCAACAACAGUCCGGAAAAAGCGAUAUCGAAAUUCCUCUUUUAUUAUCUCAGCAGUUGAGGGUGGUCUUAAAAAGUGUCAAUAGUUUAAGUGAUAUUAUUGUGUCCUUAGAAAGCGGUUUGGCUUUGACAUGUAAAGCUCAUAAUUUGGAGAUGGCUUCUGAGACUUUUGUGGAGAAUUUAAAGGCGUUCAUCGAGCAUCAAGUGAUAAUUUUCGUCGAUAAUGUGCUGGAAAACGAGUUGCUAGAUGUGACCUUCUACGACAACGAGGGAAAUAAGAUUGUUAUUUUACAACCCGAUGAGGGAGCAUUUGAAAAUGUCGAGCCACUUUGUCCAAUGGUUAUUAUUAGUUCGCAGAUUUACGGGUUUGUUUCGCACGCCAAUGAAACAUCAGUAUUUAUUCAGCCGAGCGCAUAUGCGGAUCAAAUUGCCGCAUUAUUGGAUAAAAUGUUUGAGUCUUACGAGAAUCAGAGUGAAGAGGAUACAAUUAUCCCGGAAGAAGGUCUAAUCUACGCGGUCCACAGUCCUGACGGCAACUGGUACCGCGGACGGGUGGAUGCUUUCGACGACGAAAAAGCGACGAUAUUUUACGUUGAUUACGGCAAUGGAGAAGACGUGCCUCUAAGCCAAAUCAGAGCUCUAAAGGCCGACUUUAAUGUGCCCCAUAUGUUAUGUUUACAGAUAAACAUUUUGGACGGAUCAGCGCUGUCUUACCUGGAAAAAAAUAUCUUAGUAUAUAUUUACUUUGGCGAAAGUGGUUGGGAAGGUACCGUGCAAGAUUGUGCUCAAUAUACUCAAGAGGCAGACGUUGCUUGCGUAGCUGAGGAAGCUACAUUGGAAUCAGCUUGUUUAAUGCCUAAAGAAACUGGGGAAGUAAUUAACGAAGUUGUUGAACCUGUUGCCGCUGAACCAGAAGUCAUACCAGAACCUGUAAUCCCAUCGAAAGGCACCGCAAUUUAUGUGAGUCAUGUGGACAGUCCGACGGAGUUCUAUAUUCAAUUAGCAGAAUCAACGGUUGCACUGAACGACUUGCAACAGAAUUUACAAGAAAUCGCUGAAGAGUUAUCGGUUUUAGAGAAUAUAACCGUGGGGGUCUUGUGUGCUGCUCAAUUUAGUGUCGAUCAGCAGUGGUACAGAGCCGAAGUCUUAGACGCAGACGAAGACAUCACUACCGUCCGGUUCGUAGAUUACGGCAAUACGGACGUUAUAAAUAACAAAACCGCCCAAAUUAAAACACUGCCGACAAACUUAUUAUCCUUGGCGGUUUACGCUACUAGAUGCAGCCUCAAAUUAAAAGCGUUAGAAGACGAGUGGAGUCAAGAGGCAAUCGAAUCCUUCCAGGUAUUGCUGGGUAACCAGGAAAAUCUGAGUGCUGAAUUCAUUAUUCAAGACGAAAAGACGAAUAUUGUAGAGUUGUAUUCGAAUGGGGUGAACGUUAAGGAGGGUUUGUUGGCUCAAAACUUGGCGGUGCCCUGUGAAGUGGUCGAAACAAGUAAAUCGACAUGUUUUAUAAGCAACCUAAAUUCGCCCUCGGAAUUCUGGGUGCAAAUGGAGAAUUGCAUCGAUGAAUUGGAAUGGAUUGCCGAACAACUUUCUGGUGCAGAAAAAUUCCCGGAGCUAGAAGAUAUGUCGCCGGGCACCCUAUGCGCCGCACUAUAUGUUGACGACGAAAUGUGGUAUAGGGCGAGAAUUUUAUCAAACACUAUUGCCGGGAUCGAACUCUUAUUUAUCGAUUAUGGCAAUUCGUGCGUUAGCAGCAGCCUCCGACAACUACCAGAGGACCUCUUGGUAACUCCGCCGCUAGCUCAAAAGUGUUGCCUACAAAAACCGGAAGGCAUCCCAUAUUGGAGCAAGGAGGCUCAAGCGAAAUUCUCGACGCUCUCUGCCGAUGGGCAAACUAUCUUCGAAAUGAAAAAAGUGACCACUGGAGAAACGGCCGUGGUCGAAUUGCUGCUUGACGGUGAAAAUAUCAUGCCAAAAAUCCUUCCCGAGACUGAAGACGGUAUGCUGACACAGUUCGAAACGUUGACCAAGUUUAACGUGGCGAUAAAUGGAGAAUCGUUGCCGAAUACGGUUAGUUUGGAGCCGAUGCCCGGCAUGGAAUGGGACGAAGAGUCGGAUAAGAUGUUUUUGAAAUUGUAUCCCGAAGGCUCCAUAUUUCAAGUGGAAAAAGUCGGUGAAGCUUUCGUGCGUUUAUAUAAAGAUGGCGCCGAUAUCAGGACACGUUUGGGCGGUGUAAAAAGUAACAAUCUAAACCUUUCAAACAUUCAGACUGACAGUGUGGAUCAAGUCAUUGACCACCAAGCAGGCGGUGAUACUGCCGAACAUGAGCAUUCCAGUGAUAAAAGUGAGAUAGCCAGUGAAGAACCCCAGCUAGAAAAAUUGCCCGAGUAUGAAGUCGAUUCCGGGCAUGAUUCUCAGCAUGAAGAAGUUACUAUUGAGGAAGAGAAAAAUGAAGCAGUAGCAGAAAUUGAGGUGCCAAAAGAAUCCAAAAAUGAAGCAGUGGCAGAAAUUGAGGCGCAAAAAGAAUCCAGAAAUGAAGCAGUGGCAGAAAUUGGGGCGCAAAAAGAAUCCAAAAAUGAAUGCCAGAAUGAGGCGCAAAAAGAAACCGAAGCUGCAUGCCAGAAUGUUGAAAAUAGCAAGGAUAUUACUAAUGACGCCAACAUUUUACCUGAAGAGGCCUCAACACAGCUCCCUGAUGGAUCUAGUCUGGACAAACAUACCGAAAUAGUUUUACCAAACCCAGAGUCGAGACCGCCAAGCGCUUUGGACGACAGGCCACGUAGCGCGGCCUCUCGACGAAGCCACGAUAACAAAAUCGUUCCGGGGGCCAUCUCGAGACCCCACAGUCCCUUUUUAGAAAGUGAAAAUACGACCAACGGCUCGAGUAGCCGACCCUCCAGUUCUGCCGGUAGAAGGUCAGGGAGUCACGACGAUAAGAUCGUACCUGCUUACGUGUCCAGGCUAUUGUCCAGCGAUGGUGAGAAUGUUGAGUAAACAUUGUAAAUAAGACUUUAAUGUUAUAUGAUAUUGCGCUUUUUUAAAACUUGUACAUAUAUAUUAUUUACGUUAUACAGAAAGGCGUUAUCGCUUUUGUUUAAGUGAUCUGUUGGAUACUUUUUACCAUUUUUUUAAAAAUUGAAUCUUAAUGCAGCUAAGAUUUAUUUAUGCAAAGUCUUAAAUCAGUUUGUUAAUUUAGUACUUUCUUUCGUUCUUUCGUUGUUUAGUUUUUAAGAAAUGCUUGUUUUUUUAUAUCCUAAUUAAACUUGGGAUCUAUGCAGAGAUAAAGUCUUUUAAUUUUUGG